GGGAAACUCUAGACACCCAUGAGAAUCUGGGCCUGGGCUGUAAAUACUUCCUUUAACCUGACAAAAUUCGUGUGUUUCGUUUUUAUGGUUUCAUGACAAUGUUUUAAUUGAAGAUGACUAAGAUCGUUGGCUAGGAUAUGAAGUCGAUUAAGGCCCGGUUGAACAACCGCUUCCGUAAGCAUUUGGAGAUGGACAAGCCGUCUAGCAGUAACAGUAAUCGUAUGAGCCGGAGCACUUCGAAUUGCAGGAAUCCGCCCAUACUACGUAGUCAGCUGACCGCUGUGGAGUUUCAGGAUGCGGCAACGGCCACCAGCACACGCCAACGCCUAUUCUGGGGCAACCGGCGAGCCUCGACGGCAGUCAGGGAUGAUAAGAGUAAGCCUGAUUCGAACGCCGCCGGAAAGAAGAAGCCACCUGCAUCAACAAGGCAAUCAAACUUUACCCAGACGGAUCGAAGUAGGACACAUCGCAAGCUGAGUGUGCGGAGCACACGUUGCAACUCAAUGGCAACUACGGCGCUAGUCAGCAGAGAAAACAUGCCGGAAACACCCGGGAACAGAAGGCCGGAUGACAUGACUGCCCGGUGCAGUGCAUUGCACGAAGGGCGCAAGCUUCUGCAGGAGCGGCUGAUGGUGCGGGUGGAUGCACUGUUCAACAUGCUCUUCUCUGCCUCGCCGUUUCUGCAGAACUUCCAUGACAAGCGCAAAUCUACCGAUCUGCGUAUGGGCGCCUGGGCGCGGAAUGCCGGUGGCCAGAAUCAGCGUACUGUCUCGAUGACUGUGGCACUCCAGGCGAACGUUGGUCCCAAAAUUGCCAAGGUUACCGAGACACAGACCAUGCGCGAGUGCAGCGAACCCGGCCAACUGUACUCUAUCGAUGUGCGGAGUGUUAACGCAGAGAUCCCCUACGCGGACACCUUCGUCGUUCUGAUGCACUUCUGCCUGAAGGCCACCGUGGAAGAGCAGACGGACGUUUUGAUCUUCGCCCAGAUCCAGUUUCUCAAGUCUGUGUGGGCGGUGGUUAGGACCUUCAUCGAGAAGAACACGUACGCGGGUCUCGAGGAGUUCUGUCAAGCUCUAUACAGUGCCCUACUCAUAGAGAUUAGGAAGAAGUAAGCCAGAGGGCACAAAUACACUUCAAAAUAGCUUA